AGCUGCUCGCGCGCGGCGGCUGGCGGCGGCGCUUUCCCCCCCCCAACCCCCGCGACGGGCCGGGCGGCGCGGAGCAGCCCCGCGCCUUCUCCGCUGCAGUUCCCCCGCGCCCGCCGGGCCGCCGCCGUUGGAUGCGGGGUGGCGGCAGCAGCAGGAGCAGCGCCGCGCGGAGCCGGGGUGUAAGAUGGAGGGCCUGACGCUGAGCGAGGCGGAGCAGCGCUACUACUGCGACCUCUUCUCCUACUGCGACACCGAGAGCACCAAGAAAGUGGCGUCCAACGGGCGAGUCCUGGAGCUCUUCCGCGCCGCGCAGCUGCCCAACGACGUGGUCAUGCAGAUCAUGGAGCUCUGUGGUGCAACAAGACUUGGCUAUUUUGGAAGAAGUCAAUUCUACAUUGCUUUAAAACUUGUUGCUGUGGCCCAAUCUGGUCUCCCUCUAAGAGUGGAAAGCUUAAAUACAGUGAAAGACCUCCCUCUUCCCAGAUUUGUUGUGUCAAAGAAUGAGCAGGAAUCAAGACAUACAGCCUUGUAUUCUUCAGAUGCUGAUAACUCAGCUUCAUAUUCAGGUGUGAUUCCUCCUCCACCUGGCAGGAUACAAGUCAAAAAAGGCUCUGUGAGCCAUGAUGCAGUUCAGCAACGUACAUCAACUGAUCAACAGGAGUCCACAUCUCCAGUUGUUUCACCUCAGCAAUCCCCACCAACCUCUCCACAUACAUGGAGGAAGCACAACCGCCAUCCCAGCGGAGGGAAUAAUGAACGACCUCUUGCUGGACCUGGGCCUUUUUGGGCUCCAUUUAGUGAAGCACAACCAGGCUCAUCUACUUCUAGUGAUCCCAUAUGGUCUGGCCAUUCACCACCACCUCAUCAAGAAAACUGGGUCAGUUUUGCAGAUACCCCACCAACCAGUGCUCUUUUAGCCAUGCAUCCUGCUUCUGUCCAGGACCAGACAACAGUCCGAACUGUAGCAUCAGCUACAACAACAAACGAAAUUCGUAGGCAAUCGAGUAGUUAUGAUGACCCCUGGAAAAUAACUGAUGAACAAAGGCAGUAUUAUGUUAAUCAGUUUAAAACCAUUCAACCAGAUCUAAAUGGAUUUAUACCAGGGUCUGCAGCUAAAGAAUUUUUCACUAAAUCAAAACUACCUAUUCUUGAGCUUUCUCAUAUUUGGGAACUAUCAGAUUUUGAUAAAGAUGGUGCACUGACACUGGAUGAGUUCUGUGCUGCAUUUCAUCUGGUAGUUGCUAGGAAGAAUGGCUAUGAUUUGCCAGAAAAGUUACCUGAAAGUUUAAUGCCCAAACUGAUUGAUUUGGAAGACUCAACGGAAGUUGGAGAACAGACCGGUGAGGUAGGUUACUCCAGCUCUCCGGCAGAAGCACCUCCAAGCAAGUCUCCGUCAAUGCCAUCCCUAAACCAGACCUGGCCUGAAUUGAAUCAGAGCAGUGAGCAGUGGGAGACAUUUAGCGAACGCUCUUCAAGCUCACAAACUCUGACCCAAUUUGAUUCUAACAUUGCACCAGCUGAUCCUGACACUGCAAUUGUCCACCCAGUUCCCAUAAGAAUGACUCCAAGCAAAAUCCACAUGCAGGAAAUGGAGCUUAAAAGAACUGGAAGUGAUCAUGCUAACCCCACUAGUCCACUACUUGCAAAAACAUCUGAUCUCCCAGAAGAAAACAAAAUGAGUUCAUCUGUAAAAUAUACAGCUGGAAAUACAGUUACAGACGGUUACAGCAGUUCGGACUCUUAUACUUCAGAUCCAGAGCAGAUUGGAAGCACUGUAACAAGGCAACGAUCACAUUCAGGAACGUCUCCAGAUAACACUGCCCCACCGCCACCCCCUCCAAGGCCUCAUCCUUCUCACUCUCGAUCAUCAUCCUUAGAUAUGAACAGAUCCUUUUCAGUUACCCCAGGACAGCAACAGACUGGAGUUGUUGCCUAUCCCCCUGCAGUGCCUCCAAGACCACAGCCUUCACAGGGUGCAGGUCCUCAUGUGCAUCGCCCAGUAGAUGCCGAAGGCCUAAUAGCUCAUACCAGUACCUCACCUCAACAAAUACCAGAACAGCCAAAUUUUGCAGACUUCAGCCAGUUUGAGGCAUUUGCUGUUUCAGGCGUAAACAAAGAGGAAGAAGAUGAAAUUGAAACGCACUCGGAAGUGCUGCAGGUUGAAAAGCCCUCUGAUUCUGCAAGUUCUCUUAGAGUUGCCAAAGCAGAUGGAAGAGCUGAAGACAAAGCACCUGCUAGUGUCCCCGCUAGUGCGGGCAAAGGCACUACCCCACUUGCUCCACCACCAAAGCCUAUUCGAAGGAGAUUAAAAUCAGAAGAUGAGCUAAGACCUGAAGCUGAGGAACAUACACAGAAAACAGGUGUCAUAGCUGCUGUUCUUGCUUCACAGCCAUCUAUUCCUAGAUCAGUGGGGAAAGACAAGAAGGCAAUUCAGGCAUCAAUCAGACGUAACAAGGAAACCAACACUGUUUUGGCCAGAUUGAAUAGUGAACUACAGCAGCAACUAAAGGACGUUCUUGAAGAGAGAAUCUCCCUGGAAGUCCAACUGGAACAACUUCGACCCUUCUCUCACCUCUAAGCCUACUGCCGUUAACUGUGAAUUUACUAAUUAUGAAAGGGGUAUUGGUUUCAAAGCCUAUUUAAAGAUCCAUGCAUCUAGCUCAGUGCACUCUGCAUUAAAUGUUGUGGUUCUGUUUUGUCAAUUUGUUGACUUUUGUAUUUAAGUACUUUAAUUUCAGUACAAAGAAAGAACAGAAAAACAAAGCCUUUUUUCCUCGAAUGUGACACUGCCUCUCACAUCAUUUUCUGUGGGCAUCCAUGACUUCUCUUGGACUUUAGUUUGCCACCAAAAUUUUCAACUGGAAUUUUUUAGUAGUUUCUUUUUUUUCCCCUUUGCAGAAGAGAAUCGCUGAUCCAUUUGACUUAAGAAUUCAAGCACAUAAAUCCUUCCUCUUUCAGUAUGGCAUUUAUUUUAUUGUGCCAGAAAAGACUGAAAACUGAUAACCUGUCAUCAACCAAUGUCACUCCCCGAGAUGCCUUUCACAAUUGGAAAAGAGUUCACAAUUCCAGAAAGCCUGCUCUUUGCAAUAAACCAACUUAUUCAGGUUGACAGAGUUCUUGCAGGCUGUUUGCUGUCUCAUCUGGAUUUGAUUUUGUGGGGUUUUUUUUUUUGUUGCAUACAUUAUUAUAGAGUAUGUAACCACAGAUUGCCAGGUGUUCACAUUUUACCCAUUCAUGAUCCCUGUUCACCUGCAUGCAUAUCUAUGGCGCAGUUGGUAACCAAUCAGACCUUUUUCAGUCCUCCCUCUUGUGAAAAGAGUUGGGUGUAAGUCCCCAACAUAGUAAUGACACAUUUCCCAAGCACCACCUGUAAUUGCAUGUUUCACACAUUACCUUUUAGUAACACAUCACAUCCACCAGUCCUCACUAUAACAAACUGUAUUGUCAAGUAAUGUGUCAAUACCUCUAUGAACUUCUAAUUCCCAGCAAAAAAAAUUAAACAAAAAUGAAGAGUUUGCUUUUUUUUUUAGGAAUUCUGGGGGUACCUUCUGUCAUCUUGUUUCCAGGCCUUAUUUCUCUGGCAUAUAGACAGGCUUCACUAUUAACAGAGUUCCCUGAGUGUAUCCUGCUAUUCAGGUUGAUGUACUGUAUUAGGAUUUGUUGUAUAUUGUACGAUACACACCUUUUGAUCUCAUGUGUAAAUUUGCAUUAAUUGCUGACUAACAGCAGAUAUUCUAUUUAAUGGCUUCUUCUGGCUGUGGGAUCAUAGAUGUUUAACUGCAUGGAUGUAUCUCUGCAGAAUCAGAACUAGCAAUUGUGUGAUUUUUACACCAAUAAAACAGCACAAUAUUUUGAUUUUGUUGAUUCAUCUUUGCCUGGGAAUUGAAACUCAUUUAAGUAGGGGGGGAGGGUUUCCUUACAGGCCUGCAGGGCAGUUUUUCCCUCAUUUUGUGGCCUGUGUGAGAAACAGUUGAUCAUAAUCCCUUGACCAUUUCCUUCCCUCAUCUUUUUAGAUGUUGGUCAGAAGUUGUCAAAGUCUCUUGGUAAUCUGUGGCUAUACUCCUUUUGUAUCCUAUCAACAACUUUAAUGCACAUGUAACUUAUAAAAAGUAAAUACUGUUACUGACUUGUGUCCAAAAAAAGGUACAGUUCUUUAGUCUUUGUUUCUGGCUUCAUUUCUUUGAGAGUACCUUUCAAAACUAAAUGGAUCACCUGUUAGCAGUUCUUAUUGUCACUCUCAAUUCUGUGCUUAAAUGAAAUUAUGUGAACCUCUGCUUCCCUUCCUUCAAGCCAGAUUUUUCUGCUGGUUGUGCUGUUUGUUACAGUGAAAAGAAGUACUUCUCUUUUUGGUAAUCAUGUAAUUGUAGUUGGGGGGGAGGGUGUUGUUUAAAUGUCAUGAGUGUGGCAGAUGGCUUAUGUGUAUAAUCCAAAGCAAGAUUCCCUGGUUUGAAAUACACAGAUGUCAUAGUUGCAUGAGAGGUGAUAUUUUCUGUUUGCAUGUAAAGGGAUUAAGAAAUGAUAGCUAAAUGGGUACAAAGGUUACAUAUAAAUCACAUUUCAGUUUUGUCUUGCCAAUUACUAGAUAAAAAAUAAGAAUUUGCCUUUAAAAAUACAAUUUAACUUGGUAGAGGGCAAAAAAAAUACAACUCAAACACUAAAAAACAAAACAAAACCAAGCAAAACAACAACAAAAAUCAUUGCAACAGAACUAAAAAGCUUUGGACUAAUCACUUCUGUUAACUGCCAAGUAACAAGAGCAGUGUCUGAAAAAGUGGGAGAAGUGGGUUACUUGCUGUAGUUAAAGAAUGUUGAUUUCAAGCCGACUGUGUCUUGUCCAUAGUUUAUUUUAAAGUUAAAAGCAUUUUAAAAACAGUACUAUUUUCAUAUUACUGUUUUAGUGUUAAAUCUGUGUUGAUAGCAGCAGGAUUCUUUUAUCAGAAUUUCAACAUCUUAACCUUAAAUGUAAAAAGCCUUUUACAGUCAAAUGUCACACUUAGAUCUGAAUUUCUGUGACAUCCUUAUCUUUCCAGUAGAAUAAGUUCAUGUCUGAAGUGUUUAGCUAAAGUGAAUAUUUUGUCUCGCCAACAAGACUACUUUUGAGAACUUUUGAUUACUUCUAAGACAUUUGGAACAUUUAAAAACAGUUUUUCAUCACCAGGAAAAGCUUCCAACUAAAAAAUUACGUGUGUCUUAAGAACAUCACUGCCAGUGAUGUUCCAAAGUUACCUCACUUAGCAAUGGGAUCCAACUUUAAUCCCUUACAAAAUUAUUUCCUUGUCUUCUUCGUUUGUUAGAUCUUGAUCCAGCUACUUCUUGCAUUCUUUGUGAACUUAGAUUGUAAGCCUCUUUGGGGCAAGGAGUUAUGUGCUGUACAAAAGAUGUGCUCUCUAUAUUACAAGUACAAACACAGGGUGUUAAGUAGUAUGGAUUGUGAGUCAUGGACCCAGCCGGGAUGGAUGGACACCAACCAGUGUGUGUUUCUGAAAGACCUGCCAAAUGCUUUUCUUGGACUUGGUGACUGCAAGAGUGUCCCUUUUUUCAUGUGACAUGCAUUUCUUUUGUUUCUCCCACCUCACGUGCCUCUUCCGCCUGCUUUGGGUGGUUUGUGAUCCCAUUUCUUUGGACUGCAGAGAAGAUUUCCAGAAUGUGAAGGUAAAAAGAUGAAAAGCCACUGGUUUUGAGCAGUAUUUUAAGCAUCCUUAAUGUGAGCUCCUGUUUUCUCUUUUUUUAACUUCACAUUUCACUUGCAAUUGUAUAGUAUGGGAACUAGAGGAUCUCUUACUACUGAAAAUGUCUUAUAUGGGGUGAACAAAGUUGAGGUUAUAAAUUCUUAAGACUAAAGAAAAUAAAUUUGCAGCAUUGUU